AUGGCAAAAGGACUAUUGCAUGAAGAAGAUUUAGACAGGAAAAUAGGUUUUUGUGUAGCCAUAAUCCUGCACCUACUCUCGCAAUUUCAGGGCAGUCUCACAAUAGGUGCCGUCUAUGACUCCUCACCAUCCCCACAAAUCAAGCUUAAGUCCGCCAUGUGGCCAGCGAAAGGUCAAAGUCCUGACAUUGCUAUGGCUUUUCAGGACAUUCGGUACCCCAUUGUGUUGAUAGCUGAUUACAGUCUGGAAACCUACUACGAUGGAUCCAUUGUGGCCGUAUGUUUUACCUCGGCUGAUACAUUUUGGAGUGCUUUGUACUUUAUAGCCAGCAUAACCAUCUUCUUCUUGAUACCGUUUGCCAUCUUGGUGGUCCUAUACUCGGCCAUUGCCUACAAGCUGCUGCGAAGGCAUUCAGAGUUCCAGCGACCCACUUCACCACAAAACAACACAGGAAUCUCUGCACCAGCUGCAGCUCCAACAGUAAAGGCGGAAGCGACAUCACCCUCCAAACAACAACUGGCCACAAGACGAGGAACUACAACCAAUGUCAACAGCCAUCCCCAGAACAAUAAUCUGCGCAAACACCGUCAGCAAGUAAUUUUUAUGUUAGUUGCCGUUGUCUCCAGUUUCUUUGUCUGCCUUUUGCCCUUUCGGGCCUUCACCCUGUGGGUCAUUGCCAGUUCGAACGAAGACGUUGUCUCCCUGGGCCUGGAAGGCUACUAUAAUAUUUUGUACUUUUGCCGCAUCAUGUUGUAUCUGAAUUCAGCCCUCAACCCCAUUCUUUACAAUCUGAUGUCGUCGAAAUUUCGCACCGGCUUUUGGCGCCUUUUGAUCACCUGCUGCCGGGGCCACAAACAUAAACGACGCAUCUGCACUCGUCAUGUCCCAACCUAUACGAAGCGCGAACCAAACCACUUGGCCAGCGACCGCAGUCUGAGAUCAAGGCGCCCCUUAAGACGGGAGGCCACCUUCUUGGUCAACUCCAUAUCAACGUCGUCGGGCACAGAGCGUACUUCGGCCACGUGGCGCAGUGGUGGAAGUGUUUCCACUUCUACUUCCGUAACCGGAAACAUCAAACCGCCAGAAUCGCAUUCGCUGGCAGCAGCCAUAACGGAUAUGAGCACAGCAGCCAUAACGACAAUGUAUUUCAAUUAA